AUGGGUCAACCAUCACUUCCACGUCUGCACCUAUGUGGCCUGCUGCUGUUUGCCCUGCUGAGCCCUGCCUCCUGCACCUGCAGAGUGGGCAAGAGGGAGGAGUGCAUGGAGGCUCCCUUCGUCCCUGGUCACGACCUGGUUGGUGAGGGCUUUGACAUAGUGAAGAUGGCACGAAAGAGGGCCUACACUAUGGACGUGCAGACAUAUAUGCACGACGAUGGCACUUGCCAGCUGUGUGAGAACGACAAAAUGGACAAGGAGCUGCAGAAGCUUCCACUGUCUGUGGUGGACUGGCGCUCAAACGCGAAGACCACAAGAUCCCUCACCAGUGCCACAUACUCAACUGUCACAGAACUUGUGCAAAGCUCAGCUUCUUCAAUUAAAAAUGAUUGGAAACUAGGGCUUAAAAUCAAAGACCUUGGCUUGGAUGCAGAUGUGCAGUUUGGGAAGUCUGUCUCUGCCCAGUUUGCCUUACAAAUUUCCAAGAGGGACUACUACACAUACAUUGUACAUGAAUUCAACCACACAUAUUACAGCUUCCGAGCCUCCAGCCAGGCAGGUCUCAGCAAAGAGUUCAGUCUAGAAAUCAGCCAACUACCAAAAGAGUACAAUGAGAAGACCAAGAAGCAGUACAAGCAGUUCAUCAACACCUAUGGCACUCAUUAUCUGGACAACCUCGAUCUGGGCGGGAGAAUUAAGACAAUGACUGCAAUUCGCACUUGCAUUGCUGCCCUGAAAGGUCACAGAAUUAACGAAAUAGCAAAGUGUCUGACAGGGAAAUUGUCUCUGACAUUUGACCUUAAUCUUGGAACCUCAAAUGUAGAGUUUUGCUCAUCAGUGUUCAAAGACAUUGAUGCCAAUGUCACCAGCGAGAAUACUUACUUCCAGCAAGUCACAGAGAUAAGUCCUGGGGAUGUGCUUUUCGGCAUAUUCUCCUCCAUCUACAAUGACUCCACAGGGUUCAAGCUCUGGUUCGAAAGGAGUAAGUAUGACCCAGGUGUAGUAAGCUAUACCCUGAACCCUCUACCCAAGCUGAUAACAGACAAGGUCAUCCAAGCCAACGUGAUCACUGCCAUUCAACAGUACCUGAAGGACAACGCGGUCUCCUCCUCUGGAAGACUUGAAUGCAAGUCAGGUAGCUGCUGUCCAUCUGAGCUUCACAAGGCCACACUGAAGAUCAACGAGAUCAGCGCAACUAAUCUGGAUGGUGACUGGUGGGGUCGCACUGAAGCCACUGCCAAACUCACCUUUGGAGGUAACACAAAGAGCACCUAUGAGAUUAAAUCCGACAACCCUACAUGGUAUAACAUUGAUUUUGGAACCGUUUACACCAUCACUGGCAACUCUCUGCGUGUUGACGUGUAUGAUGACGACUGGUGGCGUUUGGAGCAUCUAGGAACCUGUUUCGUGAACCUGCCAGCAGGAUCCGGCACUAAGACAUGCUACUUUCGAAAAAGCACAGUCACAGUUUCCUACACUCUCACUUGUGCCACUCAACUCAACGGAGACCUGUGUGAAAAGUACACCCCUCGCUAA